CACUAACAAGAGUGGAAUUGAGAGAACUCACUUCCUUAAGUUCAGUCUGACAAGGCGAGUUCAUCUGGAUACGGACCGGGGUUUCCCACCCAAUGCAAAAUGGCGAGUGAUCCGGGCAUUGCUCUGCGAACCCGAAGAUCUAUCCACAGUUCUCCAAACCAGCAGGAACAGGAAGGCACAGGGGCAGAGGGUAACCAGGGGGACCACCAUUUCACCAGCAACGGUAAAAUGGACGUAGAGCACAUCAUCAGUAAAAAGCUGCAACUGAAAAGGAAAGCAGAGCACCUGAAAACUCAUCUUAUGAAGCAGCUGGACUCUCAGAUGAAUGAUUUCAUGCAUAACCUGAUCGAGGAGUCGGCUAAUUUGGGGCUGGACCCCAUUUCAACAUCCUUCUCCACGCCUCUCUCUGAAAAGGAGAAAAGCAAGCUCAGACUUUUGCGGGGCUCUCAAGAACAGGGCAAGCAGUUUGUCAUCCGACGAUCCUUAUUAGAUGAACUGUUUGAAGUCAACCACAUUCGCACCAUCUAUCACAUGUUCAUCGCUCUGCUCCUACUCUUCAUCUUCAGCACGCUGGUCAUGGACUUCAUUGACGAAAGCAGAUUAGUGUUAGACUUUGACCUGCUGGUGUAUGCGUUUGGACAGUUCCCUCUGGUGGUGUGCACGUGGAUUUGCAUGUUCCUCUCAGCGUUGGUGAUACCGUACGUGCUGUUCCACGUGUGGGCCACUCACUACAGCACCUCACAUCGCUCCGCUCUCUGGACAGGGUUGGUAGGAUCACUGUUUCUCCUCUACCAGCUCAGUCUGUGCUUCUUCCCUACAUAUGUGACCAUAAAGAACAGCCUUCCGCCAGCAUCACGGUUCAUUGUCAUCCUGGAACAGGUGCGGCUGAUAAUGAAAGCACACUCCUUCGUCAGAGAGAAUGUUCCAAGAGUGAUAUCAGCAAAGAAAAACACAACCAAUUCUGUGGUCAUCCCCCAAGUGACUCAGUAUCUUUACUUCCUCUUUGUGCCCACUCUUAUCUACAGAGACCAUUAUCCAAGGAAUCCAUGUAUCCGGUGGGGCUACGUGGCUACUAAACUACUACAGGUUCUGGGGUGUCUGUUCUACGCCUACUACGUGUUCGUACGACUUUGCAUCCCACAAUUCCGUAACAUCGGCCCUGAGCUCUUCAACCUCAAGGUCAUGGUGCUUUGUGUCUUCAAUUCCAUACUCCCAGGAGUGCUGGUGCUUCUCUUGGGUUUCUUUGCCUUCCUGCAUUGCUGGCUCAAUGCCUUUGCGGAGAUGUUGAGAUUCGGAGACAGGAUGUUUUACAAGGAUUGGUGGAACUCCACAUCAUUUGCCAACUAUUACCGCACGUGGAACGUUGUGGUGCACGACUGGCUUUAUUAUUACGUGUACCGAGAUUUCCUCUGGAUGACACAAAAGCGAUUCCGGGCGGCGGCUAUGCUGUUUGUUUUCACUGUGUCAGCUGUUGUGCAUGAAUAUGUGUUGGCCAUCUGUUUUGGCUUCUUCUACCCCGUCCUCUUCUGCCUCUUCAUGUGUUUUGGAAUGGUCUUUAACUUCAUCCUGCAUGACCGGAGGAAAGGACCCGUCUGGAACGUGGUCAUGUGGACCAUGCUCUUCCUAGGUCAGGGCAUGCUGCUCUGUCUGUACUCCCAGGAAUGGUAUGCACAGCGCUACUGCCCCGUGAAGGAGCCUUCUUUUCUAGACCUGCUGAAGCCUCGUUCCUGGAACUGUUACCUGCAGACCGCGCCCACUGUAGACUCUGCCUGAGCUGACCAGACCAACUGUUUACUGAAUGUGAUUAGACAAGAAAAAGCACAACAUACUUUUUUCCCUUUUUUAAUUCCUUCAACUUUUUAUUGCACUAUGGUCAUGUUUAAUAUGACAGUCUUACUGUAUGGUUGGUCUUUGAGAUUGAUGUCAAAUUUACAGAGUGGCCUUGGUUACUCUAAUGGUGAGAUGGCAGCAGUUAAUUAGAUGCCAAGAACAUGUUCUGAAAAGCGCACAGGGGUUGAAAACAAACCUCUUAAGAUUCAUUUCAGAUUGAUUUUUUAAUACUUGACUCCGCACGCAGGUUCAUCAUUUUUAAAAUGUCAUUUUUAAAAUCUGCCAUAUUUUUCUAAGCGAUUAACCAGCUUGAAGAGAUUAUAUUUUAAUAAUCAUGUUAAUGUAAGAAAAUAAAUAUUAGGUUAUUAUCUAAGGGUGGAAGAUUACAGAUGUUUAUUGUCCUCUUUGUGGAUAAUGUCAAGUAUAUAACCAUCUGUUUCAAAAACUGUUUCAGUGAUGCUGUUUUAAAGUUCACUUUUGUUUAAAAAAAAAAAAAAAAGCUAUUUUGACUUAAAUUAUCUGUGGGUCUCCUCCAAUCAGUGUGAACUUUGGCUUUCCCUUGAUUGCUGUUCUUAGAAAGGGGAAAGAACCACAUGACUUGAGGUUUAAGAGUUGCAAUGUUAGGAAGUUAAGAAGUGAGACCAGAUGUGAUUUGAAUCUGAUUGGAUUUUUCUACCCAUGUGUGAUAUCUCAAAUACUUUUGGACUGAU